AUGGGUUUCUUCAUGAGGUUUCUCGUUUUGACGGCUGGUCUGGCCCUAUUGGAGACAGUGUACGCCAAAUUGGAUUUGUCGUCUAACUCGACCGUCGUGGUAUAUUGGGGCCAGGAUUCAUACAAAGCGUCAGGAGGAGAUAUAGCUCAGAAGCGGUUGGGAGACUACUGUGAUGAUUCCAACAUCGAUGUCAUCGUGAUGGCUUUUCUAAUGACAAUCAACGGCCCGGGAGGUGCUCCAGAAGUUGACUUCGGCUCAACAUCUAAGGGUUGCGAUACGUUCAACGGCACAAACCUGAAGAACUGCCCUGAGAUUGGAGAAGACAUCACAAAGUGCCAAUCCAAAGACAAGACAAUCAUCCUCUCUAUCGGCGGCGCAACCUACAGCGAGGGAGGGUUCAAAUCUGAUAAGGCCGCCGACGACGGAGCAAACCUCAUCUGGUCAACAUUCGGACCGGACAAGGGCGACAGUAAAAUACCCCGACCGUUCGGCAAAGCCGUCGUCGACGGAUUCGACUUUGACUUCGAAGCCGCGGUCACGCACAUGGGUAAGUUCGCGACGAAGCUGCGGUCCCUCGCAGACGCGGACAAGAGCAAGAAAUACUACCUUACUGCGGCGCCGCAGUGUCCCUUCCCUGAUGCCGCGGACAAGGACAUUCUGAACACGGACAACUCUGCGGCUGUCGAUGCCGUAUUUGUGCAGUUCUACAACAAUUUCUGUGGGGUGAAUGCAUAUACACCAGAAAAGCCGAAGGAUAACGCGACCAAGGCCGAAGGAAGCGGCAGCAGAACUGCAGCCCAGAACUUCAAUUUCGACGUGUGGGACAAGUGGGCCCUCCAAGAGAGUAAGAAUAAGGACGUGCGUGUGUUCCUGGGUGUCCCGGCGAACAAGGGCGCUGCGAGCACGGGGUACCUGCCUAUUGAGAGUCUGGAACCAGUAAUCCAGUACAGCAAGGGGUUUGAGAGCUUUGGAGGCGUGAUGAUGUGGGAUGUGAGCCAGGCCUAUCCUAAUAAGGGAUUUUUGGAUGGUGUGAAGAAGGCUUUGGGCAAGAAGGGCGCUCAGCAGCAGUCUGCGCACGGAUCGAGUUCUGAUGCGGAUGCUGCAGCUCCUUCGCCCGCGCCGAAGCCCCCGCAGCAGGAACAGCAGCAACAGGCGGAACAAGGCCACUCGGAUUCUGCAGAAGAGCAUGGAACGCAGCCCGCCUCGCAGCCUUCGCAGGUGAGCGCAAACCCAAGCCCGGGAGAGCAGCCGAACCAGAACCAAGAUCAGGCCGACGAUCACGAUCAACCCCCGAACCUUCUGAAUGGAUUGCUGUCGGUAUUGGGUGGGCUUGGUCAGAAGCAGCGCUGA